AUGAAGGCAAUGGAGGAUCAAGUCGUUGUGGAUGAGUCAGGGUUCCAGGAUGAUGAGGAAUGCUUUUUCCAAGAUAUUGACCUCUUACAGAAACACGGUAUUAACAUGGCGGAUAUUAAAAAGCUGAAAUCUGUGGGAAUCUGUACGGUGAAAGGGAUUCAGAUGACCACACGGCGGGCGCUCUGUAACGUCAAGGGUCUGUCUGAGGCCAAAGUGGAUAAAAUUAAAGAAGCUGCCGGAAAAUUGCUGACUGUUGGAUUUCAGACAGCUUUUGAAUAUAGUGAGAAGAGGAAACAGGUGUUUCAUAUCACAACAGGCAGUGUGGAGUUUGAUAAGCUUCUUGGAGGAGGUAUAGAAAGUAUGGCUAUCACUGAAGCCUUUGGGGAAUUUCGGACAGGGAAGACUCAGUUAUCUCACACACUGUGUGUAACAGCCCAGCUUCCUGGCACGAAUGAUUACACAGGAGGGAAGGUCAUCUUCAUAGACACAGAAAAUACCUUUCGUCCAGACAGACUGAGGGACAUAGCAGACAGAUUCAAUGUGGAUCACGAGGCUGUCCUGGAUAACGUGCUGUAUGCUCGUGCUUACACCAGUGAACACCAGAUGGAGCUGCUGGACUUUGUGGCAGCUAAGUUUCAUGAAGAGGGGGGUGUUUUCAAGCUAUUGAUUAUUGACUCGAUUAUGGCUUUGUUCCGGGUGGACUUCUCUGGCCGUGGUGAGCUUGCUGAGAGACAGCAGAAGUUGGCCCAGAUGCUCUCUAGAUUGCAAAAGAUCUCUGAAGAGUACAAUGUUGCUGUGUUUGUCACCAACCAGAUGACAGCAGACCCAGGAGCUGGGAUGACUUUCCAAGCAGAUCCCAAGAAACCUAUUGGAGGACACAUAUUGGCACAUGCCUCUACUACCCGGAUCAGUUUGAGAAAAGGACGGGGAGAGAUGAGAAUUGCAAAGAUAUUUGAUAGUCCCGACAUGCCAGAAAACGAGGCCACCUUUGCUAUUACUCCUGGAGGAGUUGCAGAUGCCAAAGAGUAA